GAACGCGAGCAACUUUUGCGUGGGGUAGAGGGCCAGCUUCACGCAGAAUCCCCAAGAAGACGUCAGUAGAAACCUCUGACUUCAUCCACCACCAACGGUUACACUCGCCGCAGAGCCUCGCGUCCAACUUCAUGGAAUCAUGAAACCUGGACGCGGGUGGAGUCAUGGCAGCCUCUAUCGUCAAAGCGCCCAUGGAAAGCUGCCUUUCAAAGACGCUGUCAGAAAGCUGAUGGGACUGGAAAGCCUGCCCACAGAAACAUCCUCGACCACUCGCACAGCAGCAGGAGGGAGUUACAGCCAGUCGCAGGUGUCAACAGAAGCUCCAUGUCCUUGGGGGUCUUCAUUUAAUUUACACAGAUGGCGCCCAAAGCGCGCCUCAGACAGAUAUCCACAGCGUGUCUUGGCCUCAGAGUGUCUUUCUCCGCAGAAGAGCGAAAAUAUAAGCGAGAGGUUUUGUUCACCACCUAAACGCAUAUCUUUGGAGGCGCAUGACUCCCUGGCUGAGCUGAGAGGAAAUCCACAUGAUGGGAGGUUGAGUUCCUCCUCACCAGGUUACAAAACAGUACAGGGAGCUGUUAUGCAGAAGACUACUUCAGCUACAAAUGAAGAGUCUUCCUCAUUGGAGACACCACCUCGUGCCCAUCGAAUCGUCAACAGGAGGUUCGGCAGAAGCAAGUCAAAUGAGGAGCCGGGGCAGAAAGGGAGAGAUAUUUGGAUGGCAUUCAGACAGAAGAAGCAAACAAACAGAGUGGCUGGGCUUCAUUCUCGGAGAAAGAAACAGACCCGAUCAGAAACAAUUGUUUUAUCCAGUGAGGACGACGAACCAGAUGAAGGUGAUGAGAACAAACCGAUUGACCAGACAGCUCAAAUACCUCACCAGAUACCGGGAGUAGACCCGCAGCAGCCACCCUUCCUAGAGCUGGAGUUUUCGUCCCUUCACACCGGCUUGAUGCGUACCGAUGCCAAAGGAAAAAUGAUGAUUACAUCGAGCGGAAUCAUCCUCCCGCUUAAAGGAGAGGAUGAAGGCGAGGUCACUGUGGUUGCAUCACAAUUGAAAGGCUAUGGUUUAUGGGAUGGCGCUGUAGCUUUGAGCGGGACUCUGCUAGAUGAUCUUGUUGGGACUGCUCCAUCGCUACUUUUCCUGUGGGUGACGGAUGCUCAGGCCAGUGCGCUACACAGGGAGUUGAUCAUCAUCCUCAGCACUUGUGCCUCAGGACCACCGUGCGCCGUUCUUUUACUGGUGAUGACAAAGCAGCUUUCUGAGUGCCAAGCGGCACUGCUGGCAUCUAUGUUGGAGAUGACAGAAUUCAGGAAUGGUCGCUCCUCUUCACCUGUGGGGCUGACCUCCCCCCUAAAGUGGACUGACGGGCUACUACUCAUCCAGAAUUGUCCCGCACCUCUGAAUGAGCAUCUCCUUCAUCUGCUGGGUCAGUCACCGGAGAUGUCCAACCAUUCGAGAAGAAGCUCCAGAAAUCAGACCUCUGCUCUGCAGUUGGCAAGGAGGUUGAUUCAGUAUCCGCCGGCGCCCUCCAAAGGCCGGAUCACAGUGACAAAGGAGGAUUUGGCUUGUCUGGAGAGUGGCCAGUUCCUCAAUGAUGUCAUCAUAGACUUCUACCUUAAAUUCCUGCUUGUGGAGGGUGGGGCCCGCGCCAUGGCUGAACGAAGUCACAUUUUCAGCAGCUUUUUCUUCAAACACCUAAGCAGACGGGAAAACUACAGCGAUGGUUCUGCUGUGGUCUUAGAUCAGUACAUGCGGCACCGGAGGGUGAAGACGUGGACUCGCCAUGUUGACAUUUUCAGGAAAGACUUCCUGUUUGUACCCAUCAAUGAGGAAGCUCACUGGUACCUAGCGGUGAUUUGUUUCCCGGGUCAGGAUGGCCGCCGUUAUGACCAUCGUACAAGUGGAACCAGGAGCCGCAGGCUGAGAUCAAAGCAACCGCCAGCAUGUACAGAGCAAGGAUGCACGAGGGAGAUUACGUCGACGCGGCCGUGCAUCCUGGUCAUGGACUCUCUGAAUGUGGGGCAGCAUGAAAACGCUUGCAAGCUUCUACGAGACUACCUGCAGGUGGAGUGGGAAGAGCGUAAGGGGUUGCAUCGCGUCUUCACCGCCGACAGCAUGCACAGCUACAGCUGCGGUGUCCCGCAGCAGGACAACAACAGUGACUGUGGUUUGUACCUGCUGCAGUAUGUGGAGAGCUUCUUUCAGAACCCUGUGGUGCACUUUGACCCACCUGUGUGUUUGGGCCGCUGGUUUCCGAGACAACGGGUGCGACAGAAACGCGAGGCAAUCCGGCAUUUGAUUAUGAAGCUUCACAAGAGUCAGUCACAAGCUGAAAAUAUUUGAAGAUUGUACAGUAUUUUUGUUUGAUAUGUAUUUAUAAUUUUGUUCAGAGAUACACAAUAAAACACUUCAAUUAUUAUUUUGAA